AUGGGUGCCUUUGAUGAUUGGGCAGAGCACGUAGGAUUUCAGGCAAGGCCCCCGAGGACGUUGAAUGAGGCCCACAUUAGUAUCAAGUUUCUGCUAGAGCGUACGGAAGAAAUCGCUGAAAAGCUUCUACGAGAUUCGGUUUCGCUCAUGGACCAGGUGAAGGACAAGUUGCCAUGGGUUUCUAGGGUGGUAGCCAAAGCAAGGACCAAAGGACCUUUCAACAAAUAUUUACCUAAAACACCUCCAGAGCAUAGUAUGCGCAUUAUGGACAUAGAUAGGCUGCUGGAAUCGCGAAAAAAGGCCCAAUGUCUGAAAAAUACGGAAGAAAUAGAAAUAUCCCAUGAAGUAUGGAAAGCUAUGGUGUGGGAUCCAAUCUUACGGAGGCUAAGUUAUAGCCCUGAUGUUGACGCGAGUUGGACAGAGUGCGAGCUGAAAACCAUCAAUGGGGCGUAUAGUAAAAAGGGGAGCACCCUUCCACAAGAACUUGAAACCUUGAACCAGAAGCCGGAUUUUUCUUGGUGCAUAAAGCAUCGUGUUACGGACGAGAAUGCUAGGGUAUCCACUGGAAGGGAGCCUCCCAUAUGGUGUGUGGUGAUCGGGACCGGAGAAGUAACUGAUAUUCCACUGCCUGGAAGCGGAGAUCCGGCGGGAAAUCGGGCUGCAAUGGCAAGUGCAGCUUGCAUCUAUCAUCAGGUGGCAUUGGAAGGUACUGCCACACCACAAGCCAAACAAGCCCUCCUGCACGCCACAAAUGACUUCAAGAGUACGCUUAACCAGGCUAAGGAACUUGCCAAUGUGUUACCUGGUGGAGAGAUGCUCGUGGAUGAGCAAGACGAUGUGAUCGAGGUGUUGGAGCGAAUCAGAGAACACAAGAGGCAACAACUGGUUGAGUUCGCUUCCCGCGCCCUCACCUCCCCCGCUCAAGGUGUUAGCGCCAAAAUGGAGAUCGACUCAACGGCAUCGACGCCUUAUGCUCCCUAA